ACGUCUAUGUAUAUAUAUGUGUUGUCAGUCAUUCGUUUGAAUUCAAUCAGCAAUAUUAAGGUACAAAUUAGUGUUGGUCCCGGAGGGGUAUGGACCAUUUAUAAAAACACCACACGUGUAUACAAAUGUAUAUAUACUUGGAUUCUCGGUUUGAUCACUCCGGGUUGCUAAUUGGUCUCGGAUUAAUAUGGACCCAUUCGAUGUGAACGCAAUCGGGAUUUGCACGUUUAUUGCAGAUUAACGUUGGGGUAACAUUAAUUCUUUAGUUGGCGGAUUAAGGAGGUUUAACUACUGACGAAUUUUCAUCUGUACAUGCAUCUGUCGACUGUUCGACCGGACUGUUAACUCUUCUCGGUAAAAUCCAGUACCAUGUGAUCUUUUCCAAGGGUUCACUGCAAAACAGAUUUUUUUUCUGCUUAUCAAGAGACGAGUACCUUAAGUAUGAAGUACUGAUAGUGGUACUCUUGGACUGUGUAGUUUUGUGUGUGAAAAAUGUCCAUUUAUGUUGUACUAUCUCGCACUCGGAAAUAAGCCAAACUUGGAUGUAAUGUUAACAGAAUUCUUUGAGAGGGCUGAACGGACGAAUAUUUAGCGCGUGUUAUUAAGGCUGAACUGAAAUCACAAUGAAAGACCAUAAUCCCGUUUCCGACGAAAAGUUGGCAAGAAUUCGGAAAAAUGCUAGGGUUGUGUCCCCUUGGAAAAGAAAGCCUUUGAUGAAUACUGUGAAAUCUGACCCAGGAAAUAUGCUGUAUAAAGAGAGAGGAAUAGAUGAAAGUUCAGAGGAAACAAUGUCUUUAAACCGAUCCACAACAUUUUAUGAAUUCGACAAGCAGAUGACGUCAACAGACCCCCAACGAAGUCAGCAUCACAAUUUCCUCCGGCGCAUGUCGUCUUUUAAUCUUACCAAAUCGAAUACGAUGCCAGAACUCUUUGACUCCGUCAAACUUAAGGAUAUACACGAAGAAACUAUGUUUCGCCGGAAUUAUCGUGAAAAUCUAGUCAAGAGACGUCUCCAUACGACGUCAAAUGUGACCGUACAACCGUUACAAAACGGUCGAAUCAAAGUGAACGAACUCUUCAUGCAAAACCCCAGUAUUCUGGAACAUAUAAAUUCAAAGGUGACAGAUGAAGAAAAGAAGUUGGUUGCGGAUUCUCGACGGAAGAGCAUAGAGGAAUCUGGUCUCUGGCAGUUGGCAUCAGCACAGAUGUUUAACCUAAAGGCCCAGAGGACCCACAAUUUCGAAGACCAUGCAAUGGCUAUAUUCGCAAGAAAGGUCGCCAUUAACAAAAUGAGGCAAAGAAUAGAGAAAAAGCUAGAUUUACCCACAGACCAUUUCUCCAGAAUUGCUAUGUUGCGCAGCAAUGUUCAACAUAUCGAGAGACGCUUCCGGAAUAUAGUUCAGGGAUCCUCCUCCGAUAAUGCUGGAUCCACCCAUAUCCACGCCCUCCAGCGGUUCGAUGUGGAAGACGACCAAAACAGAGACCCCAAAUUCAUGAAGCCAGGGGAAGCACUGCAAUUUUUUCGGCGAUACGCUAGAAUUGUCCUUAUUAUUCUCAAAUGGAUCGAGCUUAUUAUGGAUUCAAGCGAGGGAAAUAAACUGGAGAGAGAACUGAAGUCUUUCGUGGAUAUAGCGAACGAGGUCUCGUGUGAGAACGUGUCCAGAUCUAUGGACGAGUACGGACUAUCAUUUGACAAAAAUUACUUUGUUGCGAAAAAGGAGAUAUCACUCACACAAGACCACAGAAAAACUUUAACAACACGCUGGAAUUUUCGAACUCCUGAAAUGAUCAAACAGGUGAUGCAUGGACUCCAGGCUUUGAGGUCACUCUCAGAGUACCCACUGGGGACCCAGGAAAAACUCUGCCAAGUCGCCUGGUACCAAACUCUCGGUCCAAAGAAAGCAAUAGUUCGUCAAGGUCACGACGCAGAAUCGUUUUAUUUUAUACUGGCUGGAACUGCGUUUGUCAAAAAGAUGAUGACAGAUCCCAAAACAGGUGAAACACGUCUUAAUACCGUAGCUCGUCUGACAAGAGGAAUGAGCUUUGGCUAUUCGUGGGAAGACGGGGAAAUCGGUCUCAUAUUCAAUACUAAGAGGACAGCUACAGUAGAAAGUGCUACAUCGAUGGAGUUAUUAGUAAUUGGAAAAGAAGAUUUCAAUAGGAUCUUUAUGAACGAUAAUGAUGAAGAGGAAUCAGAGCAUGUUAAGUUUCUAAGGCAAGUACCAAUUAUGCAAAACUGGCCUAUUGAUUGCCUUAGAGACGAGCCGGGAACGUGUAUUCUUCAUUAUUUUAAACGGGGUUCCUUAGUCACUGAAGACGGAAAGAAAAGCGAAUGGUUAUACUUUAUUAAAUCGGGUUCUUGUGAAGUGCUAAAAAAGCUGAGAAACGUCAAAGCGAGGAAAUCUUGUCAAAUUAAAAGAAAGCCAGACCCAAUCACUGAAAUAGUGCUACCGGAACUUGGAGGGGGACCAGAGUGUAAGGUUGACACGGGGCAAAGACGGAGGAAGCACAAAAUCUACAUGAACACAGACGUAUUUCAGGAUAUGGCCAAUUAUUAUGAGGCUCUCAGAAGGAAAUUAGCUAAGGAGGAGUUUAACAAAAACAACGAAGACGAUGUCCAUCUUCCUCCCCUCCCCUCAAACCCACACAGCAACCUGGUGUCUGUUCCGGAAGCGGAAGUAGAGAAAGAAAACGAGCUUCAAAAUGAUAAAAAUAAAGACAUUGUCGUUAUGAAUGGACCCACUGAAGAAAAAAUAAUCUGCAUACCCAAAGUGGGUUGCAGAGACCCGUUCUCAAGUGUCUCUGAAAGUAAAUUUAUGACGGGGCCGAACUCUCGAUACCACGCCCAUUUUAUCAUGCCGACAUCUGCUAUGUUGAAAAAAGACGAACCUCCAAAACAGAGAGUGGGUUCUGAGGAGGAAGACAUUACGAAGAACGACUCUGUGUUUGUGAAGCUGGCUCUUCUGCAGAGCAAAGACGUGUUUGGUUUGGAUACUUUGACAGGAUGGGGCAGUGAAGACCUGGACGACAUGCUCAACGAAUCUCCCACCACGUGCCUUGUCAGCAAAGGAGCCGAAGUCGUCAUGCUUUCGAAGAAAGUGUUCCUUAAAUACAUCAAUGAAACUGUACGCAAUAAUUUGCGCGAAUCUAUUCGUGCUUAUCCACGUGAACAGAAACUCCAAGAAAACUUUCAAAACAAACUGGACUGGGAAGACUACAAGAGCUCUCUGGUUGAUACAGUGUUAUACUCGCCUUGUGGAAGUUUCCAGUCUCCCAUACCUAUAUAACAGUCGUGGAAAAAUCUACGUGUUUUAAAAUUUAUAAGACAGACUGUUACAUAUUUCAGUCUCCAUACCUAUAUAAAAGAACUUUCUGGAAGAAUCUUCAUGUUUUUAAGACGAAUAAGACUUGUUUCAUAAUUUAUUCCACAACAAAAUGAAAUUCGUACAAGGAGUAAAUCCUCAAAUGAUGCGUACAAGUAAUAUUCAAUGUAGAAGGGCGUGUGUGUUUUUGGAACAAACAAUGUACAGCCACUCCUUCGUCUGAUAACAACAAUACAGAAAUUUUUGAUUACAUUUUAUUGAAAAAGAGUUGUAUAAUAUCAAAUCAACUGUUGCUUAUGAAAACUUGGACUGACAUUGUGUUUAAUUUAAAUUUCAAUACCAAUAUGGAAUGUUUCUUUACAUAAAUAAUGGACAAUUCUGAUUGGUACUGCCAGAACGUACAUUGUAUACAUCUAUGACUGGAAGGAGUAAGAAUCACGGUUAAGUAGCUAAUUCAUAUGUAUUCAUAAAAUGUGUUGAUGUAUUUUAAUAAAAUGUUAUUUUUUUUUAAA